CGAUUUCUUACUGUUCCCUCCGCCGCAAAAAUCAUCUUCAUGGGGGUUGUGGAAGUGCACGGACAGAGCGAUUUCAAUGCCAAGCUUCGCGGCGCCGGCGGCAAGCUGGUCGUCGUGGACUUUACAGCUACAUGGUGUGGGCCGUGCCAAAUGAUCAAACCCACGUUCCAUCAAUGGGCAAAUGAAUUGCAAGAUGUGGUGUUCCUGGAAGUGAACGAAGCCAACAACGACGACGUGAUCCACUCGAUUGGGAUCCGUGGGUUUCCCACCUUUCACCUGUACAUCAACGCGCAAAAGGUCGACGAACUAGUCGGAGCCGACGUCAACUCGCUCCGACGCAAGAUCGACACGUGGCGUGCAUCUGCAGGGUACAAUCCGUUUGCGUCGGAAGGGGUCGCCCUCGGAAGUGGAGGAGCGACCUGGGAAGACCCUCGGGACGCGCGGUUGCGCAAAUUCAACCAAGAUGCGUCCGCCGCCCUUCGGAACGUUGCCGCUCCAGUGGCCGCGCCGCCCACGUUGACCGACGAAGACGAGCAAAAGGAGGACGACGAACUGGUCAAGGCGCUGUUGUUGUCCCAGCAGGAGCUCAAAGACGCGCAAGCCGAUCAAGCCGCGACGUCGUCGGAGACGUCCCAUCUCGAGAUUCCCCCAGUGAAUGCCGCGUUCUUGGAGCAGUUGACCGAAAUGGGGUUCGCGGAACUGCAUGCCCGAAAGUCUCUGCUGGCAACUACCGAACAAAUGUCCCUGGAAGCGGCCAUCUCGUGGAUCGCAGAGCAUCAAGAAGAUGCCGACAUCGACGCCCCUAUCCAGUUUAUCGACUUGGCCAAACAACGUAAGGAGCUCACGACAGAAGAAAAGCAAGCCAAAGUCGCAGAGCUCAAGCGCCGAAUCGACGAGAAAAAGGCGCAGCGCGCCGCACAGGCCAAGAAGGACGACGUGGCGCGGGAAAUUGCGCGGCGCAACAUGGGCAAGGACAUGGCGAGUGCGCGGGAAGAGUACGAUGCGAUCCAGACACGGCUAGUGCGGGAGAAGCAGGCGCGAGAGAAGGCCGAGGCCAAGCGCGAGCGCGAGCGGCUGCUCAAGCAGAUUGAGCUCGACAAGGCGGAGCGGCGGGCGCGUGGGGGCAAAUUGGCGGCCGCAACGUCGUUGGAUGCCCCCGAGCGCGUAUCGACAACAGAUGUCGCUGCGCCGUCGCCCGGGAAACCGGCGGCCACCCCCGAGAUGCAAAUGCAAACGAGCAUCGACCGGCUGUCCCAGUACCGCGUCGGCAACGACGGGCUCACGGCGCUCAAGACCCUGCUGGUGUACGUGACCAACGUGUUGGACAAACCCACCGAGCUCGACAAGUACGGCAAGAUUAACUCGGCCAAUCCUGCGUUCAAGAAGCGAGUGGGGUCGUUCAUCGGCGGCCUCUCGUUCCUCCGCGCCAUCGGGUUUGAGAAGGACCUAGACGGAGACCUCUUUGUCCUGCAUGAACCCAACGAACCCCGCCUUCGCGACGCCAAGCUCCGCCUCCAAAAAGCGAUCGACGCAUUUCCGCAGUAGAUGGGAUUUGAUUGGGCAACGUUUUGUAACCGCCACCGCGGGUCGUUAUCCGGAUGAGUCUUAUCCGGAUUCAAAUGUUUUAGCUCUCAGAGUACAUAACGAUAUAUAAACUCCUGAAAUUCGCGUGGUUUUGCGAAUCCAGAAGAAAUUACGCUGGAA